UUGACCCUAUCCUCCUUGUUUUUUUUUACUCUCUCUUUCUCUCUCUACACACCCAUGUUCUAUAUACACCAACAUUUUUUCAUCUUCACAGAGUACUCUCUGUAAAUGACACAGCUCUCUCAUGUAGUGUCUACUACCUGAAUUGACCUCUAUUGGACUCCAUUUUCAGCCAUGUCUCAACAGGAAGAGGGAUGGCCUUUGGGAUUGCAGCCACUGAAUGUUAGGGUUGGGCUGGUGAGACACACUGAUUUUUCUGGAUCAAUUUCAUUCAACACCACUUUAGUCAGUGCCUCUAUUAGCUCCUCUACUGAUUCUUCAUCAGAUUUAGAUACAGAGUCCACAGGAUCCUUUUUCCAUGACAAGAGCAUUACACUUGGGAGCCUUAUUGGUGUCUCUACCAUGUUAGAUCAUCUCCCAAGAAGAUCAACAAGAGGAAGAAAAUCAGAAACCCUAGGAGACAAGAAGAGCCACAGGACUAGAACUUGGUGUUUUUCUCUGUGUCCAACGGACUCUACCGAUGCCGAGAGUACGAACAAUAAUAAUAAUAAUAAUAAUGCUCCAUCCCUAGGUCAUUUUCUUGAAGUGGAGAGGAGAGCUGCUAAUGAACAUAGAAGGAACCAUAACCCCAUCAUUUAUGGACCAGAUGAGCUUGCCCUGGCUCAGCACGAUACAGAACCGAACUCGCUGUUUGUCAAUGGCUGCAUCGCUCCUCCCCGGUCAAGCCCAUGGCCUGGUUCGGAUGAAAGGAGACAGAACAGAGAAUUUGAGUCUUGUGAUGGAUAUGGAGUUCCAGUGGCACUGUUUUCCUGCAUGUGUGGCCAUUCUAACUAAGCAUUUCUUAAAACUAUCUUUGGGUUUUUUUUUUUUUUUUUUUUGGGUAAGUAAGCUUUUUUAUUUUCAAUUAAUAAUAAUUAAAUUUUAUUUUGUAUGAAGGAAGUAUAUGUCACAUUCAAUGUGUUUUAGAGAGCGAAUCUAUUUUUGUAACAAGGAUAUCUAUCAUAUUAGUUUUUUUUAUAAAUCAUAUUAAGAGUUGAAGGUCACAAAUUCAAAACAAGAAAUAUCUUCACCGCAUACAGAAGUAAAACUGUAUACAACCGACCCUCCUCAGAUCAGCUAAAGUCACGGGCAAUUUUAGAAUAGUGAAUUUCAUGAAAAUGACCCAUUCUUGGCAGGUAUUUUUUUCAUCUCUGGGAGGUUAAUUGAAAGAGCAAAAAAGUCAACACUCAGUGAAUGUGCCUACUCUAUCUGGUGGGAAAGAAAUGGCAAUGCCAGAGCUUUUAAGGGCAAGGCUACCUCCCACAAGAACAUUAUUUCAGUGAUCAGAGACACCACAAGGAGCAGUUGGACUCUGUCAAAAUCAAGGACAGUGCUCUAAUGAGUAAAAUUGAAAGGAAUUGGGAUAAAUUCAGUCUCUCUCUAUAUUUAUUAUAUAUAUUUAUAUAUAUAUCCUUGGUUGUUGGACUAUUGGUGGAAGAUUAUUGGUGGAGUACUAGUGGUGAAUCAGUUGUUUGAUUGGAGGUAAUCAAUAAUUAUCAGAUGAGUUUGGUGAUUGUUAUUUGCUUGUAUCGACCAAAAGUUAUUGUGUUUGUAUUUGGUUGGGCUGAUUCUUAGA